AAACAAACCCCCCGCUGACAGUACAUCUGAUUUCAUAACAAUUCUACUGCGAUUUAUGCUGCCGCAAAGCAUAAAUUUCCCGUAGUUUUUGAAUAGGUUUAAGUAUAUUUAUUGGACUUGGAAGACAGUUUUCCGAUUGAAAUUUCAAAAUGAAUCACAAUCUGCUGCGAUUGACCGGCGUUCGAAACAUUUCGAUUCUAAGUCGGGUUUGGUCCGGCACGGCUGGGAUAACGAAAAAUUCCGAAGAGGCACUCAGGAAAACGCUGCAAUCCAAAUUUCCCAAGGCCAAAAAUGUUGUGGUGAGCGAUAUCUCCGGAGGAUGUGGUUCAAUGUACGAAAUUUUCGUGGAAACCGUUGAAUUCAAAGGACUUACAACGGUAAAACAGCACCGACUGAUAAACGAAACCUUAAAAAGCGAAAUCAAAGAUAUGCACGGAUUGCGGAUACACACGGCAAUCCCUAGCGAAUAAAUUGUUAAGUUUUGU